GACAGAUAUCGUCGAUACUAGCCUAUCACGUUAAGGACGAGUCUCAACCCGGAUUUCCAGUCUACGAUCGACCUCGAGCGAAUCCUGCUCCUCUCGGUCUUUUCUCUUUCGCUUCCACAACGCUCCUCCUCUCCCUCAUCAAUGUCCGUGCUCGACAUCUUACCGAGCCAAACAUGGUCGUCGGAAUGGCAUUUGCUGUCGGAGGGAUCGCCCAAUUCGUAGCGGGUAUCUUUGAGUUUGUCGCUGCCAACACGUUUGGAAUGACCGCGUUUUGCAGCUACGGUGCAUUUUGGGUAUCCAUCGGACUCAUGUUCUGGCCCAGCAGCGGGAUCCUCUCCGCCUACGAGGCAGACGCACUACCUGACGCUCUCGGCCUCUUCAUGAUCACCUGGUGCGUCUUCACGUUCAUCCUCUUCCUGGCGACGUUCCGAAGUAGUGCAGGAUUGGUGACCCUGUUCUUCCUUUUGACCAUGACGUUCUUGCUUCUCGCGGUUGGAUACUUCCAAGAUGCGAAUGUGGCAAUUAUCAAGGCAGCCGGAUGUUUUGGCAUCCUCACUGCGCUCACUGCGUACUACGUCGGCGCUCAUGGACUACUGACCGCUGAGUCAGCUCCAUUUUCCAUUCCCAAUCCCAGCUUGGCCACCAAAGCCAAGCUCUAAGCGGUCACCUCGCGAGCAGUCUCUCCAGGCAAUGUUGUAUUAUAGAAAUUUGCCUCUUCUCAUUUACCCCCUUCGAAGCACUGUGCAUGAAAACCUCCUUAAUAUGGUCUGCGCCUACUCCUAAUCCCAUCGUCGCGUAUGCAUGAACAAAUGAUCCCCUCG